CACGUUUUUAUUAGAAAUCAAAAUCCAAUAUGUCUGAAAGCUUGAUGCAUAAGAAGGGUUGUAACGAUCUAAUGUUAAUUUUAAAUAUAUUUAAUAAUUAGAUAUGUAUUAUUGUUAGUGAUAGUUAUUUAAAAUAACAAUAUGGAAGUAACGGAACCAGUAAUUAAUGAUAAUGUGGAUACUUUAAUUGAAGGGGAAACGAAUAAAACUAGUGAUGCAGAACCAAACAAUCUCGUUAUUACAAACACUGUCGAGUUAAAGGAUCCGUUAGAAUUGUCACUGGAGAUAGAAGCGACAUACGGAUUGAAACCGUGUUUUGUUGAACUGGAGAGAUGUGAUAAAAUAUGGGAAACAAUUCAACUGAUACGAGACUUGCAGGAAGAUCCUAAUUCGGAGAUAAGUGAUGAUGACCAUGGGUCUGAUGUUGAUGCUGAUGAUGAUGACAAUUACGACAAUGAUACUGUCAAUAAUGAUGAUGCUGAGACAAUUGUUGGUGAAGAAGAUAAUUCAAAUGCGAUCUAUGAUGAUGAGCCUAGUUCAUCACACAAUGAUACUGAAUCGUGUUCGUCGACCCAAAAUAAUCCAAUCGCUCCCUACAUUAAAUAUCAACCGGUUUUGGAUAAUGGAAACGCGGCUCUACCGAAUUUCCAAUUUUCCGUUCAUCGAACACGUGUUUUAUAUCCAUGUGUGACAUGUGGUAAGCAGUACAGUCAUAUAAGAUCACUUAGAGAACACGAAGAACGUAUUCAUCAUAUCAUCCAGCCCCCAGUUCGUAAGAGAUCUGAUCACAAUAACAAACCUAAUGAUACGAAUUUAUUAAACAAUCAAGAAAAUCAAGUCGCUAAUAAGAAUAAAUCAAUUGAGUUCAUUCAUUCAGAUAAAAAUACUUCAAAUGAUGAUAUGCUUAUAGUCAAUUCAACAGAGUUUAUUAAAUCUGUGUUGGCUACUGAACCGGGUAAAAAAUCGUCAUGCUGUUACUGCGAUAAAUCUUAUGCUGAUAAAUAUUCAUUGAAGAAACAUUUAGUUGCUGUACACGGUGGAGAUCCAGGAAUAGUUAGAACUUACAAACGUAAAGAACCUCCACAAAGUCUUCCUGAACCUACGGCAGCACCAGUUGCUGUUAAAUGUGAAGAAGAAGUUCCCCAGAAAAAACGACGUGUAGAACGAUCACGGAAUUUAAAUGUCUAUCGUUGUGAAACUUGUGGUAAACAUUUUUACUCACAGAAAAAUAUGCGGCAACAUGGUCGUAAGGUUCAUGGGUUCUAUGUAAGACCACCACAAAAAAUUAUAGAUUCUAGAAAACAUAUAGGAAAUAAUAACAACAAUAAUAACAAUAAUAAUAACAAUAAUAAUAAAAAAGGAAACGAAAAAACACAAGUUCAAACGACAUUGUCUAUAUCAUCGAAUUCGCUGACAUACGAAUCACCAACUAAAAAUAAAAAUUCAUUAAAAAGAAAAAAUUCUACGGUUAGAACUUGUCCGAUUUGUCAAGUAAAAUUAAAAGAUUUAGGCGGGUUUCGAACUCAUUGUAAAAAACAUGGCAUCACACUUAAAUUUGAAGGUUUAUAUCCACGUGAGCAAGACAAAAAUGAUCUUGAUUGUAAAGUGUGUAAUAAAACAUUCAUGACAUUUAAUCAUGUUCUUGAACAUUACUGGAAUAUUCAUCAACGAAAUUUGCGUUACAAAUGUUAUAUUUGUGGUUCAUUAUCUAAUAACUCGGAAGAUUUGGUUACACAUUUAAUAAAAUCACAUAAAAUUUAUUUAUUGUUACGAAACGUUAAUCAUGCUUUCAAAUGUCACGUGUGUAAGAAUAGUUUCACUAAUAAAGAUGUUUAUCGCAUGCAUAUGACACAAGGACAUGGGUUGGAUGUAAAGACAAAACAAGUCGAAAGAGUAUUGAAAAGUCGAGCAAGAAUACUUAGUAAUCCGCCGCGUCAAACCCCAACCCCAACUACGCGUAGCUUGAAAAAACCGAGACAAAUAAAGCGACGAAUAAUAAAUGAAAAGACAAGACCAUCACCAAGCCGAAGUGGAUUGCGUGAAAAAACAAAAUUCAAUUAUGAUGAAACUGUUUUAUUGUUGGAUACUGCUUUGAGCUCAGGUGGUUCUUCAUCAGAUGAAUUGUCUACUGGUAAUAAAAGAGCAAGAAGAAGCAGUAAUUUGUCGAGUGAAAAAAUUAAUACUUCAGUUAAUAAUGAUGAGCCGACUGAACUGAAUCCAACAGAACCAACUUUCUGUAUAUUAUGUUCGAAAAAAGGUUAUAGAAAUAUAAGAAAACAUUUUAUUGAGUAUCAUAAAGUACGUAGUCCAGACAAAUUGAUUGAGCAGUGCAUACAAUUAACACCCGCUAGCUCAAAAGAUGAAAAGAAAGAAAUUGUUACUCCAGUUAAAAAUUCGGGUAACAAUAACCGCCGGAGUACUGGUGUAAGAAAACGAAUUUUUGUUCCAAAAUUAAGAACACAAUCUAUACCAGGACCGAUCCGUACAUUUGUAGGAAUCCAAGGUAAAAAUGGUAUUAUUAAAUAUAUAUGUAAAUACUGCCCAUUAACGUCUAAUAAUUAUGACGCGAUGCGCAGAAAUGAACGUGAUCAUAGAUUAAAAGAUAACAUUGAUUGUCUGACAAAACCAACAAAUCCAGGUUUUUUGAAUUUAAAUCCAGAUUUAAUAUUAAAGCCUCGAAAACAUAGAAGAUCAGAUCAUGUUUUUAAAAAUGAUGAUCGAACAGUUGAAGUUAAUCGUAAAUCAUCAAAAGGAAUUACGAAAUCAUCUAAUAACAACAAAGCACUAGCACGUCGAGCAUCAUUUCCACUAGAACAAUACCAACAACACAAUCGUUUAACGCGAGGAAUUGUUAAACUUCAAGAACAAAUUGAACACAGAUGUCCAAUAUGUUCCCGCGUUUUUCGAAAUAGUGAUAUAUUGGCUUCCCAUAAAAUUUCAUGUAACGGACGUGUCGAUAAUCAGACAAUAACAAAUGAUACUAGCGAUACACGUGAAAGUAGUGAUCGUGAUUCAGGGAUAAGUAUUACAAUAAAAAAGAAAAAUGAUUCAUAUGAAAUAGUCAGUCGUGAUAACAGUAACGAUAUUAAAUCACAAGACUCGGAAAAUCGUCAAAAUGAUUUAUUAUUGUCUGAUAUUCCGACUGAUAAUUACCUUAAUCAAAAUGAUGAUGACAAGAGUGAUAAGGCUAAUAAUAUAAUUGGUAGUAAAAAUGUUCCCGAGUACAGUAAAACUCACGAGACUAUUAAAAUACAAAAAGACGAUGACAACGAUGAAGAAAUUGUUAUAGAUGCUGAUGACCAAAAUAUUAAUGUUCCAGUUAUUACUAACAAACCACAAGUAUCAAAGAAAAGAAGUACAACUAAAAGAAAAUCAAUUAAAAUACCGAGCUUGGUAAUGCUGUGCACACGUGAGCUGGAUAAAAAAUAUGUUAACGAUUGUUUCAUACGAAAAUGUUAUAUUUGUGGUAUAGAUUGGCCAUCACCACUCUCUCGAGGUUCUCAUAUAACCGCUUUCCACACAUCAUCGCGUAGGCCAUUAAACAUUGAUAGUAAUAUACAUUUUAAAAAAACAAAUUGUGCAGAAAACAUAUAAAAAAAUAUAUUUAAUUAAAUUCAUUGGAUACUUGUGGUUUUAAUUUUUACAAAUAUUGCAAAUUAUAAUUAUUACUGAACUCCAUUUGAUUUUUUAUAUAAACUAAUAUGUAUAGACUAAUAAUGCCCAAUUAUUUACAAUUUAUAAUACGAAAUAUUUUAUUGAAACGUUAUUUAAAUCAUUAUCAUUUAAUAAUCAAUAUGAUAAAUUGUAAUUUUAACUAUAUAUUGAUAAUUACCGUGUGACACUGAUUAAUAUUUAAAACAUAUAUAUUUAAAUAUAUUAGUUUAUAUGAAUAUCAAACAUAAUAAAAUUUGUGAUUUGUCGUUUAAAGAAAUUUUUAAAUAUUAAAAAAAAAA